UUUUUUUUUCCUGAGGAAGUGAGGAGGUACCAUGCCGUCAUUACAGUGAUAGGUACCUAUGCGCGGCUGAAAGUGUAGGUGGUGGUGUAGAGAAAAGAGAUUAAUUGUACACCUUUUUGGCACAGCAGACCAGCGUUAGGCGGUAGCUCUUGACCGUGUGUUUUUAGUACGUCUUGUGCGUGUGCGCGGCGUGCGCGUAUAAAAAAGCCUAUUAUAAAGUUCUGGUGUCUCCUAGAGGAGCUUAGCGUUUAGCACCUACGAGGACCAGGUACGUCUUGACGUUCCGUGCUUGCCGGCGUGGACGUACAACACACUACGUAGAUGCUUACGCCGUAUGCAGAUCAAGUAGAAGGUAAAGCUGUCAUUAAACCAUAGAAUCGAGAAGAGGUACCUUAAUAUUUUCAAAGGCUUUAAUUGUUGGGAUCGAGAUAGAUGAUCUACACUGUAGUCUCAACCAUUAUCGGAGCAACAACACACGACGAAGAAAGAGAGAGAGAAAUAGUUGGCAAUUGCCGUCUGCGGCUGUGUGUCUUGUGUACCUACUUGUGAGGUAAAACACACAGAGUCCUGUCCUUUACUAUGCGCAUUGAUUCCACGCCGUGCGUGUGUUGGUAAUAGUGCUGCGCGCUCUUUUCCCUAGCUCGCGCUCCGAGGAGAAGACGUUUCUGCAUCUAGAGUAGCUCAGUUGCGCCACCUCCUUGUUACACACCAUACGUGUACGAACUCUGACGCCAAACCAAAGAGGAAGAGUAGUACAGUAUAAGUAGAGAUCAAGAGUAGCUGGUGGAUCAAGAGUGGCUAGCGGUGGGUGCAUUUGUAGUACUAGAGUACUAUUACAAAAUGAGGAUGAGGAGAUAAGGUGUGCGUCCGCGCGUGCAAAGUUAUAGGUACGCUAGUAGAAGAAAAAAAAAAAAAAAAAACAUAAAACCGACGAGGAGAGAAGGUACCUGUACGAGAGGAUAUAAUAAGUAACAAUAACGACGACGACGUCGAGCAAUAGCAGCAAGACGUUGCUGCUGACACAAGCGAGGAUCGCUUGCCGCUUAACGAUCGGGCGACUCUCUUCCAUCAUAAGUUGUAUCAAUGUUGUCUGGCAAUGGUGUGUAAGGAGAACGUGGUAUCAUGGUUUGGAAAUCUGUCCAGUUAUAAGCGCAUAGAUGUGAUGUGCACGCUGUUAAACAUGUGCCUGCCGUUCGAGGUAAGGUACUUGGGCGCCUGCGUCGAGGACCUCGGUAAGCGGGACUGCAACGUCCUGCGCGACACCGAGCACCGGGCGAACAGUGUCAACGACCUGGCUGAGCUCAAGCACAACCCCAUAACGACAGACAAGCGCACGAGGCGCAAGCUGGCCCUCUACAUGGCCCUCCUGCACUCGUGCAACUACUCUUGUGCUGUUAUUAUCUACGAGAACCUUUCCAGCUUUGACUCCCAGGAGAUGAGUGGCCUAUUGAGCGGUGGUGGCCUCUCGCCCGGCGAGCAGCCGCUCGAGGAGCUCCUUCUGCUCUACACGAUGGCCCUCAAUCAUCCGGCCUUCAACUACGAGCAGAAGAGCACCCUGGCCAAUAUAUUUCUCAAGCUGCAGGAAGAGGAAGCCCGCCUGAGCUCUCCCAAGACCGUCACUUCCGGAUCCAUGCCCUUCAAGUCAGCCACACAGAGCUGUAUACCUUGUGUAAACCAAAACGAUAGGAUAGACUCGGAAAUUUCGACAAAUUGCGUGGUAGCUCCGCCACCGAUGCAAAGCUUUCAAGGGGAAAUGCCAAACAUACGAGGUAACGCCAUGAUCGCUACCGGUAUGCCGCCUACAUUGGGGAUACCACCGUCAGGCCUCUGCAUUCCGAGUCCCGAACAAAUGGCGAUGCACGGCACUGGCCAUCCCCAGUACGUGCACGUCGGUUUUCCCGCGGUCAACCACAUGCCACCCUGGCCAGGUCAGGUUAUGACGAUGGGCCACAAUCAGUUCAUGUACCAUCAGGGUGAUGUCCUACCUUACACCUCGUCUAACUCUCCCUUAGUCAGCCGACAGUCCUCGCCUUCCCCGUCUCAGUCGCACAGUAGGAGUAACUCGCCGACCGCUGGUCUAAUGCAGCGCAAAAACAACAACAACAACAACAACAACAACAAUAGCAACAUUAACAACAACAGCAACAGUGGACCUCAGCAUCAACAGCAGCAGCAGCAGCAGCAGCAGCAACAGUUGCCGCGCACUUCCUGCCAGGUGACGCCGUCGACCUCGAAUACGUUGACAACGUCUACCUUGACAUCGAGCAGUCAGACAAACAUUACGAGCGCCACAGUACUGCCGGGUACCGCAAUGCCUCAGUCUCCACUGCCGCCGCUCAACACAAGUAGGAAUAUUCCAGCACAGACUCAGCCGCCGCAGCAACAACAACAACAACAACAACAACAACAACAACAACAACAGCAACAAUUACCAUCGUUGCGGCCGCUUGCCCCAAUAAGCAAUAUUUAUACGAGGCACAGCAACAACGACGUGUCAACAACGACGACGUCGUCAAAACAGUAUCAACAACAACAGCAGCCGCCACCUCCACGGUUGAAGCCAUCGUUGUCUGGAGAAACUCUGCGUGAAACUGGCAAUAAGGAUAUGCCCAAUUUUAAGGGCAACUUCCAAAAUUAUUCUAACAACGAGAUUAGGAGACUGAGUGAUGAAGACAUAUCAAAAAUCGAUGUGACAUCAAACGUACUGAAUAAUGUGAAGACACAAGCAGCAAACGGCUUAAAUCAAACUCCAGAGAAAAAGAUUGAUAGCCCUAAUAGUAUGCACUUGUCUAAUGAAACCGUUGAAAGCGAUAGCUUAUCAAUGGAAAAUAUUCCAAAUGAAAAUUCCAAGCCCGUGACGAUAGCGGACCAAGGAAUGAUGAAUUAUCACCAUCAGAAUCACAAUGCGAUGACGAACAUAAGACGAUAUCCACCUCCGCUGGAUCAACCCACGCACAUACAAAUGAUUCCCGCGCCGCCCUCCAUGUAUCACGCCCCCAACGCAUGUUACAGCUGCCUUACUACAGUUCCAAUGGCUGGGAUUCAGAAUCGUUUUUCUAGGUGUAACGGUCCACCACUCUACUGCGUGACGCAGCUUCAGUCUCUUAGACUAGAACCAGAAAACAAUAGACACUCGCACAGCAGUAGUUCAGACAGUUCGGGCAGUCGAUCCCCUCCAGAGACACCGCCAGCAGCGCCUUGGCUCGGAAACGAUAACGUGCCUCCAGUAUCGAACGAGCAACUGCAGCAGCAGCAGCAGCAACAACAACAACAGCAGCAACAGCAGCAUAUGGGUGGUGGUCCACCGUCCCUCCAUUCCAUCCCAUCGUCACACUCAGGACCACACCUACAUCAGCAGCAGCAGCAGCAGCAGCAGCAACAACAACAACAACAACAACAAUUAAACCAGCAUCAUGAUAGGCCACGAGCGCGUAAGAAUCACACACACAUGAUGCGGCACAAAAGUGGCGGUCACUCAACGGCUGGCAUGGUGAACGGAGGUGGCCCACCUCCUACUAGUUUGCAGAGUUUGCAGCCGUGCAUGACAUUCCUGGCACCGCCGGGUCACGCGCAAAUGACCGCCUACCUGCCCCAUCACUUCCCAACCCUGCGGCCCACCACCGGUAUUUAUUCAAAUUUCACGCACGCUUACGCCACGGCCAGACCUGCGCCCGGUGGCUAUCCAACUCUAGCCUAUCAACCCAAUGGCGAGAUGAUGUAUCAAUACGCUGGUCACCACCCGCCUCCUCCACUACCAGGGAGCAGUAAUUCUGGCGCCGUAGCCGCCACCGGUACCCCGCCCCCGCCUCCUGCAGUGGUCUCGGUAGUUCAGAACGCGCAAAAUCAGGUCCCGCCCCAGCCACAGCAGCAGAGUUACGUGACAGCUUCGCCAGUGGUAUCGUACGCCCCGGUAAACGCGGUGCAGCCCCCGCCACCUGUGCAUCAGCCACCGCCUCCGGUCAAGGUGUCCUGUUACAACUGCGGCAGUAACAGUCACUUGGCAAUCGACUGCAAGGAACAGACUAUGGAGGAUCUCACGAGGAGAGGCCAGUUCCGGCUUGACUACACGACGGUGAAAAGCUCGGGUGGCGAGCAGAGCCAGAACAUCUCCGACAAGUGAUCCCCUGCUACGUGCCGAUUGGACAAAGUCGCAGCCACCGUAGCAUCAGCACCAAUAUCCGAUGACAGGUGGUCGUCUGUACGAGCUAACACUUGCAGAAAGGGUAUUACUGCUGCAGCCACCGAUGUAGCAGCAGCAGCAGCAGAUGCGCAUCAUCUCAUGUCUAUUCGUAUAGCUGUCAUUAUCAUCAUUAUCAUCAACAUCAUCAUCAUCGUCGUCAUUGUUCGCUUUCUCCGGUAUUUUAAAUGCGAGCAAAGCUCACGUCAAAGUACGCAUAGCCAUUACUACUCGUUGCUUUGUCAUUAUUGUUAUUAUUAUUUUUUUUUUUUCAGGCAAGUAUACCCUCCCUGUAUUACACAGUACACGUGCAUCGCCUUUAACUUUUUUUACCGACGUAAGACUCGAGGAGAGAUAAGAAACCUAAUUUUCCGUUGACUUUCCUUUUUAUUGACUACUUUAUUCUGUGAAUCCCCCCCCUCCCCUCAGUACAAAGUACUCUUUUAUGAAUGUAUAAUUUUUACAAGUUCUUAUUCAUAAUUAUCAUCAUUGCCAUUGUUAAUUCAAUGUUAUUGCUUUUGACACGCGUGACAAGCGUUUGACACGCCCGUAAAGAAAAGGAAAAAAAAAAACAUUAAGUUUCUGGCUUUUUCCUUCCAACACCAAACAUCCUUACUUUCAUAGUUUGGUGAUAUAAUUUUACUGAUGAAAUUUUUUUUGGAAAGUAGGAGUUGAAAAUUAUAGAAAAGCAGAUACCGUACGUUCAUGUACGAUAGGUGCAAGCAAAUUUUGCAUUUUAAAAAAAAAAAAGACGUGUCUCAAAUUUCGGUUGUGUGUGCGUGACUGAUGCAUACGUACAUUAUAUUUAAUGUUGUUGUUGAACGUGUGGUUGACUUUAGAUAUUUUUUUAUUACUAUUAUUGCUUUUCAACCGAAUUAUUAUUUAGUUUAAUAAAGUAUGCGCGUAUUAUUUGUGUAUAGAUGAAAUUUUUUAAAGCUUUGAG